AUGGAAGAGCAACCACAAUUGGAAAAAAAGAUGGUGAAGCCAUACACCCCACCCUUGCCAUACCCUCAAAGGAUCAAAAGGGAGCUUAAGGAUCAACAAUUUCCUAAGUUCCUAGAGGUUUUCAAGAAGCUAGAAAUUAACAUCCCACUUGCUGAAGCAUUGGAGCAGAUGCCUCUAUAUGCAAAAUUCCUCAAGGAGCUCAUCAACAAGAAGAGAAGCUGGAAUGAAAAAGAUACUGUGAUUUUGACACAAGAAUGCAGUGCAGUGAUUCAAAAAGGCCUGCCACCAAAACUUAAAGAUCCUGGAAGUUUCUUUCUAUCAUGCACCAUUGGUAACAUGCCAAUCGAUAAGUCACUUAUUAGACCUAGUGGAGUGGUCGAGAAUCUCCUAGUUGAGGUGGAAAAGUUCAUAUUUCUGGCAGACUUUGUGAUUUUAGAUUUAGAUGAAGAAAGAAACGAUUCCAUCAUAUUGGAAAGACCUUUUCUAGCCAUAGCAAGGGCCAUAAUAGAUGUAGAAAAAUGA